UUUUGGCAUUCAACUUUACACACACCAAGGACACACAAUGGAUCAAGAAAAACUCUGCUGUUCCGUCUGUCUGGAUCUACUGAAGGACCCGGUGACUAUUCCCUGUGGACACAACUACUGUAUGAUCUGUAUUAAUGGUCACUGGGAUAGAGAGGAUCCAAAAGGAGCCUACAGCUGUCCUCAGUGUAGACAAACUUUUGUACCGAGGCCUGUCCUGGUGAAAAACACCAUGUUAGCAGAGUUGGUGGAGGACCUGAAGAAAACCAGACCCCAGCCUGCUCCUGCUGAUCUCUGCUCUGCUGGACCUGAAGAUGUGGCCUGUGAUGUCUGCACUGGACAGAAGCUGAAAGCAGUGAAGUCCUGUCUGGUAUGUUUGGUUUCCUACUGUGAACAGCACCUCCAGCCUCACUAUGAAUCCUCUGCCUUUGGUAAACACAAGCUGGUCAGCCCUUCCAAGGGGCUGAAAGGGAACAUCUGCUCAACUCACAACGAGGUGAUGAAGAUGUUCUGCCGUACAGAUCAGCGGUGUAUCUGUUAUCUCUGCUGUGUGAAUGAACAUAAAGGCCACAAAACCGUUCUAGCUGAAGAAGAAAGUAUUGCCAAGCAGAAAGAUCUUAAGUUAAUUCUACAAAAGGCCCAACAGAGAAUCCAGAACAGAGAAGAGGAAGUGAAAGUGCUUGAGAAAGAGAGAGAGGGGAUCAAACAGUCUGCUGAUGCAGCAGUGAAGGACAGUGAGACAAUAAUAAAUGAACUGGUGAGUUUCAUACAAGGAAAAGGCUCAAAUCUGAAGCAGCAGAUCAAAACCCAGCAGAAAACUGAAGAGAAUCGAAUCGAAGAGUUUCAGAAGAAGCUGAAGGAGGAGAUCACUGAGCUGAGGAGGAUGGAUGAGGAGCUACAGCAGCUCUCACACACAGAGGACCACACCGAAUUUCUACUCAAUUACUCUCUGCCAUACAAACUCAACAACUAUACAGACUCACCAAGCUUUGAAACCUGUCCAGUUAAAUACUUUGAGGAUCUGCAAACAGCGGUGUCAAGAGCCAGAGAUAAAAUCAAAGCAUUUCUAAGUGAGGAGUGGAGCAAAAUCACUCUCACAGUGAGAUCAGUGGAUGUGUUACUGCCACAAGCAGAGCCCAGGAGCAGAGAGGAGUUUAUGAAAUGUUCACGUCAACUGACGAUGGACCCAGAUACAGUCCACGAAAAUCUCUUCCUAUCUAAUCAGAACAGAACUGUGUCAGACACUGGUCAACACCCAACUAAUUAUGAUUCUUAUCUUCAUGGCAGGGACCGGUUUUCCGUCCAGCAGCAGGUCCUGAGUAAAGAAGGUCUGACUGGACCUUGUUACUGGGAGGUGGAGCUGAAAGGGAGAGGAGUUUCAGUGGCAGUGACAUACAAGAAUGAAAAUAAACUGGAUCAAAGUGGAUUUGGAAGCAAUAAUAAGUCCUGGGCAUUAGACUGUUACAGUCACAGUUAUAAAUUCAGACAUAACAAUGUUACAGUUACCAUUUCAGGCCCUCCGUCCUCCAAAGUAGGAGUGUAUGUGGAUCCCAGAGCAGGUAUUCUGUCCUUCUACAGCAUCUCUGACACCAUGACCCUCCUCCGCAGAGUCCACACCACAUUCACUGAGCCGCUCUAUGCUGGACUGUGGAUUUGGAAGAGUUUUUGGAAUGACACCACGGCUACAUUUAAUGAGAUAAAGUAGAAGGGGAUAACUAGUUUGUCAACUGAUCUUGUGUCUCUGCUGCCAUUUUCUCUGCUCACUGAUCAAAUGCCAAUCAAACAGAGAGGGCGGGACAGCCAGGUUUGAGGGUUUCAAGUAGGUGGUACUUCCUCCCUGUCAAGAUUCAACAUGAAAUACUGAUGGAAAUAUAAUCUCUUCCCUCCUCUACAAGGACAUGAAAUCUGUAUUAGUUGGUUGUGAUGAAUGCCUCUUAUGAAUAUGUAUCAAUAUCAAAAUGUAAAAAUGUUACCCUUCUUUUUCACUGGUUACAUUGUUGCUGCAGCAUUUUCUGUUCCACUAUAUGAAUAACUCGUGUAAUUUCUCAGUAUAACUUCACCUGUUCCU